GACAACAUAGGUUCAGUUGCAAAUAUAAUUCAUUGAGAACAGACGCUUGUUACUGCUUUCCAAAACCACUCAAUCUAGUUUGAACCUUAUCACCUAAACAUAUGGUCCAUCGAGCCGCAUCCGAGCAGGUAGCAACCGGCUGACCCUUGCCGUGAGAACAAUGGACGCAAGUACUUCGGCUAUUGAUAUCUAUGGAUUGGUGCACAUCUUUUAAGUGAAUUCAACUUAUUACGAUAAUAUCACUUAGAAAAUCGUUUGAAGUUUGUGGUUUUAAAGACAUUUGUAAUACGUAUUGACUGGAUUUAAAAAUACAAAGUGACGAACUAUGACUAAUAAGGAAGACAUAUGCAGUGUACUACAAGAAAUGACGGAUUUACUCAAGAAAGCUAAGGUUAAUUUGAAGAAAUGCCCCAAACAAAGACUUACCAAGGGUUAUAUACAAACACGUAUACAGAGUAUCGAAGAAUAUUGGAGUACAUUCAAAAGGUCUCAUAUAGAAUUGGUGAAGAUAAUACCUCGCGAGCAACGUGGCGCACUUACGUAUUUUAUAAAUGAAGAUUACUAUACGGUUGAAGAUUUAUACCACGACAUGCUCGCCGAUCUUAAGGACAUGCUAUCUCAGUUCGAAAUAGUAGUGACGUCAGAUCGAAUGUCAAACCCCGUCGUAUCUGUAUCUACGGAAAAGCAAACACAAGUAAAAUUACCACGCAUUGAGUUACCUGUUUUCUCCGGCAAUUAUGAAGAAUGGCCCACCUAUAAAGACUUGUACAUAUCACUCGUGCACAAUAAUUCGUCACUCACCAACGUUCAAAAGCUUCAUUACUUGAAGACCAGCAUCACGAGCGAAGCAGCUGCAUUACUUAGGCACAUACAAAUCACGGAUACAAAUUAUGCACUGGCAUGGGAAGCAUUACAACGACGGUAUGGCAACAAACGUUUAAUAGUGAAUUCAUUACUGAAGCGAUUUUUUAUGCAAAAGAAAUGUUCUACACAAACUGCUUCACAACUCAAGAGCCUAUUAGACACUACGAACGAAAUUUUAAAUAGUCUGCAAAAUCUUGAUAUUACUACCGGCUCUUGGGAUCCUUUAAUCGUCUUUCUGGUUGUACAGAAACUGGACCCAGAGUCACACAAGGAGUGGGAAGAAUUUGCACUUACCGAAAAUAGAGAAGAGCUAUCGAAGUGGAGUGAUUUGAAUAAAUUUUUGGAGUCCAAAUUUCGGACGUUGGAGCUAGUCGCACCGUCUACUGCUAAGAAUACGAGAGAACGAGCAUUCCAUGUGUCUACAGAGUCACCUACAUCUACAUCAGAGAAAUCAUGCAUCAUGUGUUCGGAAAAUCAUGCUUUAUGCCGUUGCGUUAAGUUUGUGCAGAUGCAACUACCUGAAAGAAGUCAAUACGUACAAAGUAACAAGCUCUGUUUUAACUGUCUGACUCCAGGACAUGCAGUAAGAAAAUGCCGCAAUAGAAUGUCCUGCAGGAAGUGCAACCGUCGCCAUCACACAUUGUUACAUCAACCGAGCAGAGACGGUCAGUCAGACAGUGCCCAUCACAGUCAUGUAGAGGAGGAGCUAAGUCAUGCAACAGAGAUUGAACCCGAGGUCGCAAUAUCAACGCAUUUCGUAUCAGAGAAAUCCACGGCCUUGCUCGCCACAGCAACGGUCAUAGUUAACGAUGAUAGAGGACAUACUACAAUAUUGCGCGCCUUAGUUGAUAAUGGCUCACAAGGCAACUUCAUUACUGAACGAGCUGCGCAACUCCUGAAACUAAAGAGAAUUCCCAUAAAAGGAACCAUCACUGGUGUUGGCAAUACGAAGACUACAGUUGAGCAGAUGGUACGAAUUCGUAUACAGUCUAGACACGACAAGGAAUUUACCCUCACCGUGGACACUUAUGUCAUGCCUACAAGGUUAACAUCGCAGCUACCAUCCAAUACAAUUACAAUCAACACACACACCUGGCCACACUUACGAGGUCUCACCCUGGCCGAUCCUAGUUUUCACUCACCAGGGCGAGUAGACAUGGUGCUAGGCGUAGAAGUUUGUGCCCAAAUCAUGAAAUCGGAGAUUCUGAAAGGUCCACCUGGCUCUCCAUGUGCCCAUAAUACAAGCUUGGGUUGGAUCCUGUUUGGAAAAGUACAAGCACACUCUUCAGAGACAAAAAUGAUUGUGAUGCAUCACCAGUGCAAUCUAGACGACAUGUUGAAGAUACUAUGGGAAGUCGACACAGACACCAAGAGCAUACUUACCAAAGAAGAAGAAGAAUGCGAGAGAAUAUACAAUAACACACAUACAAGAGAUAAAACUGGGCGUUACAUAGUUAAACUUCCAUUCAAGGUAGAUAAUCCACAAUCUCCGGAAGGAAACACGAAGGUAGGAGCUAUGAAGAGAUUAUUGCAACUAGAAAGAAGAUUUAAAGGGAAUGAACACUUCAGAGAAGAGUACACCAAGGCAAUAAAUGAAUAUAAUACACUGAAAUACAUGGAAGAAGUUAAAGAAUCUGAGAUUGACAUACCAGCUGUAUACUUACCACAUCAUGCGGUGUUUAAAGAAUCCAGUGAGAGUACCAAGAUAAGACCAGUAUUUGAUGCCUCGCACAAGGGCACCAAUAAUAUAUCCCUUAACGAUGAGUUACUAGUGGGGCCUCAACUACAAGAUGACGUUCGAUCUUUGGUUCUAAGAUGGCGCAUGAAGAAGAUAGCAUUCACUGCAGACAUUCAAAAAAUGUAUCUUCAAGUUCUGGUUGCAAGGGAAGAUGCAGAUUACCAAAGAAUUCUUUGGCGUAAUAGUAGCAAUGAUCCAAUCAAAGAAUAUCGUCUCCUCCGAGUCACAUUUGGCACAGCAAGUGCCCCCUAUCUUGCUGUCCGAACCCUUCAUCAGUUGGCUAAUGACGAAGGGACAGAUCAUGAGGCUGCUGCUGAAACAAUAAAAAAGGACUUUUUUAUGGACGAUCUCAUGUGCUCUAAAGAUACAGUUGAAGAAUCAGUUGAGAUAGCCAAGACUGUGAGCAGUAUUUUGAGAAAGGGAGGUUUUGUUUUACAAAAAUGGGCAUCGAAUAGCUCCGAGUUUCUUAAACAAUUUAAUCCAGAUGAACUCAGCUCACAUGUUACAAUGAAUAUAAAGCUUGAUGGCUUGAUAAAGACAUUGGGUUUAUCCUGGAAUAUGGGAAAGGAUGAAUUAGAAUAUCAUUUAAACUUACCUGAUUUACCUGAAGUAGUCACGAAGAGAAAUAUACUUUCUGAAGUUCAACGAUUAUACGACCCCCUUGGCUGGCUUGCUGCUGCACUAGUACCUGCAAAACUAAUAAUCCAAAAACUGUGGUUGCAGAAAAUGGGCUGGGAUGAAGAGAUAGAUCCUGCAACUAAAGAAGAAUGGUUAAAAAUACGAGAAAGUCUCAAGGACGUUAAUUUGAUAAAAAUAAAAAGAUGGAUAGGAGUCACUGAUAAGAAUGAAAAUGAACUUACCAUACAUGGUUAUUGCGAUGCUUCCGAAAAGGCAUAUGGAGCCGUAGCUUACCUGAGAGUUCAAGAUGAGAAUGGUGAAUAUAAAACUAAUAUAAUUGCAGCCAGAACAAAGGUGGCACCUAUCAAGGCUUUGUCUCUCCCGAGAUUGGAAUUGUGUGGUGCUGUUCUCCUGUCAAAACUCUUAAGGCAAAUAAGCGAAGCAAUGGGUAUACCAACCAACCAGAUAUUUUGUUGGACUGAUUCCACAAUUGUACUGUCAUGGCUACAGGGAGACCCGAAUAGAUGGCAGACCUUCGUUCGCAACAGGAUAAUCACCAUACUUGACAAUAUCGGAAACAAAUGGCAUCAUAUAAAGUCACAACAAAACCCUGCAGAUAUCGCGUCGAGAGGAAUUCUGGUAUCUGAACUGAUGAACUGUACUCUCUGGUGGCACGGUCCGGAACAUCUGCAACACAGGAAAAUAAACCUGGACACAUUAAUAAACGAAAACAUGGUACUAGAAAGGAAGAAAACUGUUCAUACUUACCUGAAUGUAGACGAAGGUGAAGCUGAUUCAAUUACUAAAGAGUUUGAAAAUUUUAGAGAUUUAAACGAACUAUUGAGGACAAUUACUUAUGCAAAGAGAUUUCUAACACAUAAAAGAAUAGGAAGUACAGCUAUAGACUCACAAAUAACCACAGAAGAAAUGGAAAUUGCACUAAAGAUUUGCGUAAGGUUGAUACAAAGACAAAUAUUUAUGGAAGAAAUAACAGAUUUGAAGGAAAGGAAAAGAGUUAAGAACAGAAGUUUAUUAAAGGCACUAAAUCCAUAUCUAGACUCGGAAAAUAUUCUCAGGGUGGGCGGAAGAAUAAAGUAUUCAACAUUAGAUCACGAGCAGAAACAUCCUAUAAUUUUGGAUAAUAAAAACAAUUUUACCUCGUUAAUUAUUGCAGAAGCUCACAAAAGAACUCUCCACGGCGGCAUACAGCUGAUGUUAAAUUACCUGAGGUCUAGAUAUUGGAUCCUGAAAGCAAAGAACUUAGUUAAAACCUAUUUACAUCGAUGCGUAGUUUGUGCAAAAUUAAACGCUAAGGCUCAAACACAACUGAUGGGUGAACUGCCUAAGGUACGAGUGACUCCAGCGCGUCCAUUUCUUCAUAGUGGCGUUGAUUUUGCCGGGCCUUAUGAUGUCUUGAUAUCCAGAGGAAGAGGAGCAAAAACCACAAAAUCAUAUAUUGCUAUUUUUGUUUGUAUGGCAACCAAGGCGAUACACUUAGAACUUGUGGGAGAUCUCACUACGAAGGCAUUCCUUGGAGCAUUCAGAAGAUUCGUGGCACGGCGCGGUCGAUGCACUGAUUUAUGGAGUGACCAGGGCAGAAACUUCAUUGGUGCUAAUAAGGAGCUAGCUGAAACAUUUAAGGAAGCUCAACUAGAAUUCGGUGAAGAAAUAUACGACAAACUGUCAUCCGAAGGAACACAAUGGCAUUUUGUACCGGCCUAUAGUCCAAACUUCUCAGGAUUGUGUGAAGCAGGUGUGCGCUCAAUGAAAUAUCAUUUAAAGAGAAUCUUGACUACACACUUGACCUUCGAAGAGAUGUCAACAGUUCUCUGCCAAGUCGAAUCGUGCCUCAACUCACGACCGCUAUACCCCGUCGAUAAUUCCGAUGUAACCAAUUUAGACAUACUUACCCCCGGACAUUUCCUUAUCGGAGAACCAUUGGUUUCCAUACCAUCACCAAGCUUCAAGGACAUAUCUGCCAGUAGCCUCUCACGCUGGCAGCACACCCAGAAAUUGGUUUCCAAUUUUUGGCGUCGCUGGCAAGAAGAAUAUCUCACCAGACUUCAACAAAGGCCGAAAUGGAUGACCAAACAGACUGAGUUUGACGUGGGUCAGAUUGUCUUGAUAAAAACUGAUGGCCUACCACCCGGAAAAUGGCAUUUGGGGAGAGUAGUCCAGAAACAUCCCGGCUUGGAUGGACUUACCAGGGUGUAUAGCAUCAAAAGCGGAAAUAAUAUUGUAAAGAGAUCGAUUUCCAAACUUUGUCCAAUCCCUUUGAAAUCAGAAUUAGAAUUACCUUGUCUGAAUAGUGCAUGAUUGUGUUUGUUAUAAUUGUCAAAAUUUCACUCAUUGAAAUUGUAACUAGUAUUUUUAACUUGACAAUGCUUACAUACAGAUUCCAUCUCAAGUGUGAUAUUAUUGUGAAUUUAGAUUUUACUAGUUAAAUUUCCGUUUAGUAUGACACUCAGUUAUUUCAUAGUAAAUAAUUCUGUUGUAGUCAGCUUUAUUCAAUGCAUGUUAUAUAUUUUUAUUUUAAAAGGUCUAUAAGCCCUUUUGGUGGGCGGCAUGUUCGGCUCAUAAGCCUCGUAUUUAAAAUGUACUAGCAUAGACAACAUAGGUUCAGUUGCAAAUAUAAUUCAUUGAGAACAGACGCUU